AUGCUUGCUGUGACCACUCUGCUUCCGACCCCGCCUAUGGCAUCCCAAGAUGGCAGCUGGCACUGGAUGGUUGUUGUUGCAGCAUUUUUCACCCAAUUCAUCGUCUGUGGAAUCACCUACAGCCUGGGUGUCUUCCAUGUGAUCUUUAAGGACAUGUUCAAUGAGACACACUUUGACACCUCAUGGAUUGGAUCAAUUCUACUUUACGUGACUGCUUUAUCAAGCGUCAUGUUACGCUUCGUCACAGUCUACUUUGGGCCUCGUGUGAGUGUCAUGUUGGGCGGCCUUCUAGCCUCUGCAGGCCUGGGCCUGUCUAUGCUAGCACAGAGGCUGUUACACCUUUAUCUCAGUUUUGGGCUCUUAACAGGUCUGGGUUUUGGACUGGCUUGCACCCCAUCUAUUGUAGCCAUUGAGAGGUACUUCAUACACCAGCGAUUCCAGGCUCUGAGUAUUGUUGUUGCAGGAAUCGGAGCUGGCAUUGUGACUUUUCCCAUGCUGAUUCGCCUGCUUGUUGAACUCUUCGCCUGGAGGGGAGCCAUGCUUGUUCUGUCAGGAAUCACCUUGAACUUGUGCGUCUGUGGCAUGGUCAUGAAACCGACACGACAUGACAAGGAGAUGAGACUGAUGCCAAUGCUGUCGUGCUUCCCCCUGCGGCACCCCAUAUUUAUAGGCAUGUGCUUGGCAAAUUUAUUCUGGAGUUUCGGCUCAACUGUCAUUUACAUGUAUCUUCCGUCAUAUGCUAUGGCUGAAGGUACCUCCUUUGAAACAUCUGUGUUCUUGGUGUCAUGUAUUGGCAUCUGUAGUUUUGCUAGUCGCAUUAUUUUUGCAUUUUUGGGUCCAAAUGGUACCUUGGAUGAUGUGACUUCGGCCUUGUGUCCAAUCAUGCUAGGAGUAGUGGUGACUGGAAUAGCUCCUUUGCUGUUUAAUGACUACUCUGGGCAGAUCAGUUAUGCAGUUCUCUUUGGAUAUUACUCUGGAUUCUGGACUACAUUCUUGUCUCAGGUGUCCAGGGAGCUGCUUGGUCCCGAGUAUAUUGCAAUGGGAAAUGGUUACCUCUCGUUUAUGAUUGCUUUCGGCUCCCUAGCAGGAGGACCUCUCACAGGGCUACUGUUGCAGCCUGAAAAUGAUUUUAAAUUUGCCUUCUACUUGGCUGGUGCCUGUCUACUAUGCAGUUCUGUGAUUAUGGUCCUGUUCAAAAUAAAGAGAUGCAGGACCACCCUGGAAGCAGCCAGAUAUAAAGAUGACAGCAUGGACUUUGUGAAGGAGUCCCGGACCCGAGAGCAGCACGUGCCUCUGAUACUUGAAGAUGUCAACAAGGAGAGGAGGCUUUCUGUGUCGGGGCAUGAUGUUGUUGUAGACAAUGUGAUAACCUGUGUUUGA